UUAACAUACGUGCUAGUGGACGUGUGCCCCGCGCGCCACGGUGACCCGAGAUUUUCGGGUGGUGAUCUGGUGGUGACGCUCCUGCUGCUCUGCAACUCUGCUGCCCUGCACCUGGCCACCCGCACUCCCUGCCUUGGGAUUUGUUCGGAUUGAGCUCGACGCUGGGCCAUGUCGCUCUUCUUUCCACCCAAUCGGGGGCAAGGGCUUAACCCCUGGGGUUUGUUCGUACCACCCCUGUCGGCGGGCCGGGGUUACGGGCCGGGCUCAACCGCGGAGGACGCACCACCACCCUGUCGCACCGCGGGCUGCCGCUGGCACGGGCACCCGGAAUUCGGCGGCCUAUGCUCGACCUGCGGGGAGGGCUGGACCCCUCAACGCCUCGAACAGCUGCGUUUGCUGGCAAAGGAGGCAGAGGAGGAGACGCGCGCCCGCGACUUCGAGGACUGGGACGAGCCCGGCGUGACGUUUUCGCCGCAGGAAUACGAUUGGCUGCGGCGCGGCGUCGAGCGCUGGGCCGCCGACCGUGUUCCCGAUUCAUUCGGCGCGAUGACCUUCGUUUCCAAGCUGCUCCUCGAGUCUCAUCGGCUCCUCACGCCGGAGCAGGCGCGGGGGCUCUGGCGGGCCGUGGAGCCGGUGGUGCUCGACGUCCAUGAUCAGAUCGCCGGCGAGGCGCGAUCGAAAUUCGUCGUGCUCCUGGCGAGCUUCCUGCGCUCCCCGGAACGCUGGUGCCGCAUCCCGCCUCACGUGCGCGAGGAGUUCUGGCCCGACGAAGCUAAGCACGGGGGAACUUGCACUUGGAGCGUGUGCGCUCCGUACACAUCGGGUAGCGGGGGAUUUCCCUACAACGAGAUUCUGCGGAUGCGCCUUCCGCUUUUCCGGGAGUCGAAGCUAAUGGCCGCGGCAUGCCUCCGGAGGACGACCCUUCCUGAGUCCGUUAAACGCCGCAUCAGAAAUGCAAGAGGGCGCCCGGGCCCGGACAUUCCGCCCCUCCUCGUCAAGCGCAUAUUUCUCUGGUGUGCGCCGGGCUGGUUUGCGCCCACUCAAGCGCGUCCGGAAUAUAGCCGUUGGAUGUUUGCGCCCAAUCAAGUGCGUCCCGAAGCUAGCCGUUGGAUGGUGUGCAAUGCGUUUCGGUCAAGUGGCGACGACGAGUCUGGGGAGUGGUUCAACUUUCUGGAACACAUGCGACGCCGCUCGUGACAUGGGAGAAACCGGACUCACCGGGAGGACGACUAGCCUAAGACAUUUACACACU